UCGAAAUGAAUACAUCUCCCGCUUUGUUUGUCGUCUUCUAUGGCCUGAUCCUCCAGCAGCGGAUGUUGGAUGCCCAGUUCCUGAAUCCGCUGUGCGGGAUCUCCUAUGAGCCCGUUGCGGGCAAGAGGAUUGUGAACGGGAAGGAAGCUGUGCUUAGGUCCGCUCCAUUCAUGGCCUAUUUGAGUAUCAACCAGUCGAGAACGCGUUGCGGAGGAUCGAUCCUAAACUCAAGAUACAUACUAACUGCCGCCCACUGCGUUGUUCCCGAUCUGCGGGUGCGACUGGGGGAACACAAUUUAAAUUCGGAUCCCGACUGCCAGGGACAGAAUUGUUCUCCCCGUUCUGAGGAGUAUGGCAUUAUGAAAGCAAUAACCCAUCGAUCAUAUUACCAGGGCACCAUAGCCCACGACAUCGGUCUCUUAAAACUGAACAGGAGUAUUCAUUUCGAUAUUCAUAUACAGCCGAUUUGCAUACCCAUAAGUCCCGCUGUUGUGCCCAGUGUGAGUAGAUUUCAGGCCUUCGGCUGGGGAGACACCAAAAAAUAUGGAAUUGCCCAUUUGCUGCAGACUACGGAACUGCGGCUAUACAACGCCACCUACUGCACGAGGAGUCUUGAUGCGCGUAUGAGCGGGAACCAGUUUUGCGCCGGCCAUGAAGAUCGGGAUACUUGCUAUGGGGACUCCGGUGGUCCUAUGGUGACCACUGUCGAUUUCGACGGAGUUAAGCGCUACCUGCAACUGGGCAUCGUGAGCUCUGGCCUAACGAGUUGUCAGGGCUUGGGACUCUAUACAUAUGUGCCAAAUUACAUUAAUUGGAUUCAGAGGGUAAUGCAGAUUAGUGGGUUUUAAAUGCUGAACGAUCUUCUUAGCUUGCAAUACUGUUAUA